AGUUGUCGCUGUACCAGUGGUAGGCAGCACGACACCCUUGUCGAGUUUGCGGAUUCGGAACCCCUUGCGCUGGAAUACCUUGUGUUUCUUCCAAUAUCAGUGGAAAAUGGACCGAAACCUGAGACGCUCCGAGUCUCACAAAAACUCCACUAGACCAAAAAAAAAAUCAUUUCCGGGGAUACUGGCUUUAAAGCUUCUGAAGCUAACUUAGCUUAGCUAAACUAAGCUAAGGGGCUAAAGAAUAGAUGCUUUCGGGUAAGCAAAACUCGCGUGAGUGGAAAUAACCUUGCAAACAUGUGUGCAAGAAGGACAGACGACUACGUAGAGGAACUUUAUGGAACAAAAGAGGAGAACAAGCUUCAUGCAACAAAAGAGGAGGAGAACAAGCUACAACGUCAAGAUUGCAGCAUGCAGCUUCGAGUUUCGUUACUCAGAGCAGACAUCAGUGAAGAAUAUUUUCCUCCUAAACAGCAGGAGCCGGAGCCCCCUCAUUUUAAAGUAGAAGAAGAGUCUAGGACUGGCCACAUAAAAAAAGAAGAAGUAGAGCCAGAAACCAGCCACAUUAAAGAAGAAGAUCAAGAGGACAAAGUCACCACCUUUCCUUUGACUGUUAUUGUAAAGAGUGAAGAAUGUGAAGACAACUGCGAAGCAUCAAAUGCAGAUGACCUCUUAGCUCCUCUGUCAGAUGCUGAUGAUAUCACCUCACAUUCUUCUGACACUGAUGAUGAUGAUGAACACUCCAAAGGUGAUGGGACAUGUCACAGUAGCAACAAACGUGUGAAAUGCUCUCAGUGCAACAAAACUUAUGCCAGCAAGAUAACAUUGAAAAGACAUGCACAAACACACACUGGGGAGAAAACAUUUGUCUGCUCAGUUUGUGGUAAAAGUUUCUCUUUGAAGGGAAAUUUAAAAAUGCACAUAAGGACACACACUGGGGAAAAACCUUUCGUCUGCUCAGUUUGCGGUAAAAGAUUCUCGCAAAAGUCAAAUUUAAAAUAUCACACGAGAAUACACACGGGAGAUAAACCUUUUGUCUGCUUGAUUUGUGGUAAAGGUUUUGGUGAAAAGCGACAUUUAGCGAAUCAUGCAAAAACACACAGUGGAGAAAAACCUUUUGCCUGCACAGGAUGCGGAAAGAGAUUCACUAACGAGGCACUUUUAAAAUUACACAUAAAAACGCACAGCAAAGAAAAAACUUUCCCUUGCUCAGUAUGUGGAAAAAGUUUCUCUUUGAAGCAAUAUUUAACAAAACAUGCAAAAACACACAGCGGAGAGAAAAAAAAGUCCUGCUUGGUUUGUGGCAAAAGAUUCUAUGGAAUAGAAGAUUUGAAAAGGCACACAAGAACACACACUGGCGAGAGACCUUUUGUGUGCUCGGUUUGCGGCAAAGGCUUCUCUCAAAAUGGAACCUUAGUUAAGCAUCAGAGAACACACACUGGUGAGAAACCAUUGAAUUGCAGUGUGUCUGAGUAACGUAACAUUCUCUUACAAAUUUGCUGUUCCACUUGUUAAGAAGGAACCUAAAGUACAAAAAGUUUGUCUUCCUGUGGGUGUGAUGUUUAAAAAAUUAUUAUCUAAAAUUGUGGACUGAAACUACUACGUAUUGUGUAUGUUUCAAUUAUUCAAUAAACUGCUCUAGAGAAUACACAUAUUCCUGCAUUGCACAAAACCAUUAUGAUCUUUUAAAAAAAGACACUUGUUUAAACUAUAUAAAGUAUCAUAUUGUCUAGAUAUAAUACCCCUACAGUGUAUGGAAGUAAAUCUGUGCUAGUGGAGUUUGAAUUUCAAUUUCUAACCUGAAUUUUUUUCAUAAUCCAAAUUCAGUUAAAAGAAAAUUGAUCACCAGAUUUCAGCUACAACAAAUACAACCUGCUGCGAUGAACUUUAAAGGCUGAGCGAGAAUCUUGCUACUUCCAUGUUUUUUUCUUCACUACGGGAUGACAAAUAAUCUUGAGUCUGUGUCGUAACUUGAUUGCCUGGAUGUCCGAUGGAGUAAGACUAAGAUGUAUUGCUUUUCCCUGGCGACCUGGAUGUUGCAACUGAUAUUUUUUGCUGCAGAAUUUUCUGUUGCUGCACUUUUAUAAAGAAAAAAGUGAUGUGUUGAUUAUAAGAGUGAUGUGAGCCUUUCUGGGUUUCAAAAAGAUUUUGUUCACCGCGAAGAAUGCGCAAAACAAGUAUGACGAUCGAGCGACCGUUGGACGGACGAGAAAGUGAGUAAGCUACGUUUUUUAUAUUGUCAAAUACUGGGAUCAUGGCACACGUUUUAAUAAGGCGGUGGCUUGCAUUUUGUGGGUGACAAUGCUCCCUGUCCACAGAGAAGCCGGGAGUGGCCGCCUACCUCGGCCGAUGCUCUUGUCUACGGUUCUCGAUUGUGUUGAGAUUUCCAUCCCUCUCGGCCCUCUUUGUGUACCCGCCAAGAGAGUGCUACCCUCGGCUUGGGCUUGGUCAGCCACGCGCUCUGACGUCGUCUGGUUUGUCCACCGAGAAUGCGCUAUUUUUGGCAUUCAUUCCCCUGUUGUCCCCGUCGACAAGCACUUCUGCUGAGGCCGCAGCAGGGGAACGACGAGCCGAAACUUGCUCGACGCCGGAGGCUGGCCGAUCAGUGAAGGCUAUCACCCCCGCUGCCGUGUGUGACAUGAGUCGGGGUAGUUUUGUGUGAUUUUUCGUUUUCAAAGGGCGAGGAAGAGACUUGGAAGAGCUGCUUGGUUCAGGAUAGCAUGUAGUACACUCCUUUUUAAUUACACUCUUUCCUCAGUCUACGAGUCCCCACUGGGAAAUGACGAGCCGGAAUAACCUCGGUGGCAUAAAAUACCGUUCGGGAGCUUUAAUAAGUCGGCAGUUUUGACUAUUAUGUAGUAAUUUCGCCCUGUCGUACAGAAUAAAUGUUGCCUGGUAUAGACCCUACUCACGUGACGUCACAGCCAUGCCCCCGCGCCAUGUUCUCCGUAUACUUGUCAUGUUAAUGCAUUAGCGCUUCGUAAAUUCCUCCUAUUAUGGCGUGUUUUUCUGCUCGUUAACAUUAAUAAUCAAAAUGGUGUAGUCGUGUGUGGCGGUCGGUUGCAAAAACAGAGAAGAUAGACGGAGAGACUUGAAGUUUUACCGUAUUCCGAGAGACCCGAAGAGGAGACCGAGAUUGACUGCUGCAAUUCGACGAGAAAACUGGGCUCCAAAUGACUACCACAGAUUAUGUAGUAGUCAUUUUAUAUCUGGUAAGAUGCAUUUAAUAUAUAUUUAGAGGGUUUUGGGCUGACAACCACAAUUAAGAUCAUUGCUAGGCUAAUUGCCGACAACAUACACUCAGACGUUGUGAAUGAACUACCUGAAAAUAUAUAAUUAUAAGGGGAUAAUCAGACAGUUGUCAUACAAUUAAUUUACAAUUUCACUAUUGAGGUCACAAGCCAAAAAAUAAAUUCAACUAGGGACAAUCUGGAGUAGUGCUAUCGCACUUCAUAUUUAUUACCUAUUAUAUAUGUAUGUAGUGAGAGUGCUAUCGCUAAACCAUAUAAACAUUAAAAGCCCUAGCUCCAUUGACAAAUGACAUGAAAUACAUUAGACUUGACAGUGGAUGUUAGCAAGAACAAAAGAUUUUGAAUUGCAAAUUUCGUAACUCACCUUCCGAGCACAAGAUUCCUGCUGAAUUUUCGUGUACGAGGACCUGUUUCACCCAACCAGCAACGUAGCAUUUAUAAGCCUCCAAGCUCUUAAAGUUUUUCAAACUUUCGUGAGAAUAGGCUGAUUUUGUGUGGACAAGAUAGUUGUAAAUAUCAGGAUAGCAGAUGUCAGGCAAAGACGGCGAAUCAGCGGGUCGAAAAACAUCGAUUUAGGCAUCAAAUACGGAUCUGGCGAAUGGAUAAACUGAAGCUUUUCCACGUAACGCCUUUUAUGCAACGCAUCCAAUGAGUUUACAGCGUCAGAUAACACCGGGGCUUCCAUGAAUUGCUCUAUAACUUGCUCGACUAAUUGAAAACAAUGAGAAUAGGUCUAAAAAAAAAGGUACAAUAUGGCGGCCGGAAACAGACAUGCCCAUUUUGUGACGUAGGUGAGUAGGGUCUAUACCAGACUCACCGCUGUUCCAGCGAUUGAGUCUGGUGACCGUCCGGCGGAUCAAAUUCCGAGGGUAGAGCAAGCUACAGCAAACACAGCGGAGUGGACCAAUCAACGACGGGCAGACGUGAUGUUGUUAAAGCGACAAGUAAUUAGCGUGAGCGGAGAAUGGAGAAGUUUAUUCCACAUGGCUAGCGCGAUCCAUGUUGACUGUUGUCAAUGACUUGUUACGAUGUGUUUUUGGUGAUUUAAAACUGGUUUUACCGCGGAUUGGAACAUAUUCUCGGCUCUCCCGUUCGCCAUCUGCGUUGUUGUAGAGACGACUUUCGGCGCGCAAGAGUGACGUUACUCGUUAAGAACACCUCACGCAAAUAAACGAAUCUGAUUGGACGGUUGAUUUUGUAUCUUGCUCGAGAGGCCGUUAAUGGGCUGGGUCCCAGACUAUUUCUCACAGUGUUUGAAAAAUACAGGGAGAAUAGACUGGCUGUGCAAGGCAAGAAUAAAUGCGUUUUUAAUAUUUCAUAUUCCAUUUAGCACAAGACUGUGGGUCCGUUUAGAUGGUGACUCUCCGAGAAGACGAAAAAUUUCAUGUUUGCAUCUAUAUGGUUCCGUCUCCAUUCGACCAAUGUCGCAAUUCCGCAUCAAUACGAUGUAAUAUUCAUGCCAGGCCCUAGGGGGCAGUGCAGAUUUAUCAGGUCACAGAGAAUGAUGCACUUUCACUUUGACCCCAACAACUUCCUAAGCCCGGAAGACAACAUGCCCGCCCACUCCAAGCAAUGGCAUUUUUCUUUUGCUCAAAAAGGCUCUAAAAUGGAAACAUUCAACAUACAGUAUUUAAAUUAAAAAUAUUAUUAAAAUUAAAUUAAAGCCGACAU